AUGGCGACUUCAAUGGACAAGUUUGAUGAUCUAUUCUUUGGUGUUCUUCAACAUUGCGAGCAAAUUGAGCCCUUCCUCGAGGUUGUGUUUAGUUUCCUUGCUCGAAGGACGGAUUUCCUACGUGUGAUGCACAGCAAGAAUGAUAAAAUGGGGUUUCCACCGGGGGUGGCUGAAAAAAUGCUACUCAAGAUUUUCAAGAAGUACCAAAGUAUGGUUCUUCAAUCAGGGCAAGCAGCGAAAUCUAAAGAAAAGACUGGUAAUCAACCACCAUCUCAACCAGAUAAACCACCUCCUGUGAUAUCAACUGUCGAUGUCCAAACUAGCAGUGACAGUGAGCCACAAAUACCAGCAAAAGAAAGCAGAAAGAAAACUGAAAGCACCCUGGCCAACUCUUGUGUCUCUGAGCCAUCUAAAGCAUCAGAAUGUUUUAAUGGUGCAGUGUUAGAGAAGUACAUGUGGUCUCAAACUGGAAGUGAUAUAGAUGUACGAGUCCCAGUGGCUAGCGACAUCAAAGGAAAAGAUUUACUUGUAGAAAUAAAGGACAAAUAUCUUAAGGUGGCUUUAAAAAAUACUCCAGAAUCAAAAUUGUUACUUGAAGGUGAACUUCAAUGGAAGAUCCAUGCAGAUGAAUCAAUGUGGACGUUAAUCCGUGGGGAGCAUGUGCAUAUAUCAUUGGAUAAAGUUGAGGACAGAUGGUGGACAUGCGUUUUUAUAGGGGAUGAUGAAAUAGACAAAAGUAAAAUAGACACAACCCGAGAUAUCAGUGAGUUUGAUGAACAAACACAGACAGAUUACCAACGAGUUAUGUUUGAUCACCAGCAAAAAUUGAUGGGAAAACCAACCAGUCAGGAAAUGCAAACUCAUGACAUGUUAAAGAAGGCAUGGGAUGCACCAAAUUCACCGUUUGCAGGAACCCCAUUUGAUCCUUCUAAAGUAAACAUGUCUGGAAAUUUCUCAUGACUCAACAUUUCUGAUGCCAUCAGCCCUAUUCAGAUGUUCAAAUAAGCAUUAGACACAAAGCAAGGAGAGAAGUUUCAAACAUUGUUGGCAAAUUAUAUAUUUUUAAAUUAAGUAUGAUAGACAUAAAUAUGUUGCUCUACUACAUUGCCUGCCUAUGCAUUGUGUUAAUGUGUUCAAAUAUGUUACGAAAAUGUACAAAAAUGAAAGAUUAAUAACUCUACUUAACCAAUGACUUAA